AUGAAAGCGUACUUCAAUAUUUACGAUGAAUUGGCUGUGGCUGACGGUCUUGUCCUUCGGGGUGAAAGAAUCAUAGUCCCUCGAGAAUUCAGAGAAACUAUGGUGAAAAUUGCUCAUGAGGGUCACCAGGGCAUCGUUCGUACGAAACAACUGCUUCGUGCCCACGUUUGGUUUCCCGGAAUCGAUAAGAUGGUCGAAAAGCACGUUGGGAAUUGCCUAGCUUGUCAAGCUACCAUCCCUUGCCACACCAGAGAGCCACUCCAAAUGUCGGAUCUGCCAACAGGUCCGUGGAAGAAGAUCAGUGUGGAUUUUGCGGGACCUUUUCCAAAUAAGGACAUGGCUUUAGUGUUCUGGGACCAGUAUUCAAGGUAUCCUGUCGUAGAAUUUGUCACAAGUACCUCCGCAGAGGCUGUAAUUCCCCAGCUCACACGUGUUUUCACUACUUAUGGAAUUCCAGAAGAGGUGAAGACAGAUAACGGCCCCCCAUUUAAUGGGUCCAAAUUUGCAAAAUAUGCCCAAGAACAAGGGUUCAGGCACAGGAAAGUCACACCCGGAUGGGCGGAGGCAAAUGGUGACGUCGAACGAUUCAUCCAGACGGUCAAAAAGAGCNAUCGUUUUGAAGUAAUUUAA